AUGGACCUUGGAUGGACACCAAUCUGGCAAUCCCAUUGGGACCAAGGAAAUGUUUGGUAGUGUUUGACUAUUUUCUUGAAGCUUCCCUUGAGGGUGACAAAGCUUUCAUCGAGAGAAGUCUAAAGGAUAGUGAAAAGGUUCAGAUGGAAGACAUUGUACUGUGUGAAGGUGUUCAAAGGGGUAUCGAGUCACCGGCAUAUAACGGUGGAAGAUAUGCUCCGAAUGUCGAGAAGGCCAUGCAUCACUUCCAUUGUUUGCUUCAUGAGAAUCUGCUAAACUAAAUCCACCUUGUUACGUGAAU